UUCAACAUAGUCAACAUACUAUUUGCAUUGAAUUUAAAAUAAAACAUAAGUUAUUCCGUGGUUGUUCAAAGCGAUUGGAUCAAUGAUCAAUGAUUCUUUUUAAAGUGCUUCCAUUUCGGUAGUUAUUUAAUAAAAUUAGGUUUACUUAAAAUCUAAUAUGAUUCAAUUAUGAUCAUGUACAAAUUUUUGUAUUUCAAUUCCAAUAAUACUCGAGUUGUUUACGAUAAAAUUAUCCGCCCAUCAUCCAAUAUAUUUUAUCUUUUGUAACAGUAGUCAGUAACUAUAAAAACAUAAGUGCUGGUUUCGUACUUAUAAAACCGCGGCUUCCAUUAUGAUGGAUGUAAUUUUUGAUGAACCAGAUGUGCAUUGUGAACCGAAUGCAUUAGUCGGUAAUUUUGGAUGGUUCCUACAAGGUCUUUUAGCUACAUUGGCGUUCUUUUGUUUAAUAAUAAAACGAUUUUGUGAACCCAAAUACGAUCGACGACCCUGGAAAGUAUGGUUUUUUGAUACUUCCAAACAAGGAAUGGGGUCUUUGCUCAUGCAUUCAGCAAAUUUAGUUUUAGCUGGUCAAAUCCAAGGUGAUCCAUGCACAUGGUAUAUGAUUCAUUUUUUAAUGGAUUCAUCACUUGGUCUUUUGUUGAUAUUUUGUGGUAUACGAUUUUCACAACAUUUAGCAAGAGUAAAAAAUUGGGAAUCUUUUAACUUUGGAGAGUAUGGAAAACCUGAAUCAAUUAGAAUCUGGUUUAUUCAAUGUGGUUUAUACUUGUCACUUUUAUGUUGUGUUAAACUUAUUAUUACAUUGUUAAUUUCAUUAGACAUCUGGCGAGUUAUCACAAAAUUUAUCAUGUCACCAUUUACUGACCCUAGAACAGAAUUAACUAUAGUCAUGCUAAUCAUACCUUUGUUUAUAAAUGCACUUAUGUUUUGGGUGACUGAUGACAUAUUGAUGCAUAGAAGUCGUCAUCGAGUAGGUUUAUUGCGACGUAUAAAAAUUCAAUACCAUAAAGUUCAGCAAAGUGGCAGACUUGAAGAUUCAUCUAUUUCUGAUGAUGAAGAAUUGCUCAAUAUAGAUGAAACAUCAACAAUUCUACGAUCUAGUGGAGUUCAGGGUUUUUAAUAUAUUUCAAUAUUUUUUAUUUUAAAUAAUCAUGCACUAUGGUAUUUACUUAAUUCCUCAAUUUUAACCAACAUUCCUUAAAUGUAUAUUGCAUAUUAUACAUC